AUGUCUCCCUUCCGUCAAUUGCUGCCCGCAGCCCCGCCCGCAAACGAUGGCGACUCGUCCUCGUCCAGCGCCACGACGCCCUCGUCGACCGGCCCGUCCCAGAAGCCGCCCGGGAAGAACAGGGCCGACGUUGCCUGCACGCCAUGCCGCAAGCGGCGAAGCAAGUGCAACGGGGCACGACCAGUCUGCCUGCGAUGCGCACAGUCGGGCCUGGAAUGCGAGUACGAGGUGCCCCAGGCCGAGGCCAUGAAGCGGAAGCUCGACGACCUCGAGGAGGCCAACAAGCAGCUCGUCCUGUCCGAGGAGCGCCUCCGCCAGCGCGCGUCGGCCUACGAGGAGCUGAUCGAGAUACUGCGCACGCGGCCCGAGCACGAGGUUAGCCCCAUCGUCUCCCGCAUCCGCUCGGGUGAGCAGGCCGUGUCCGUCGUCCGGCUCGUCAAGGAUGGCGACCUGCUGCUGCAGCUCCGCCUGGACCCGGCCGCCGCUCCGUUCUGCUUCCAGUUCCCGCUCGUCUCCGCGAUGCCGUCCUUCCUGCUCGACCUCAAGACCAACCCCUAUAUCAACUCCAUCCUCUACCACCAGACGCUUGGUGAGGAGGGUCAACGGAUCGACUGUGCCCAGGGUACCCAGGGUACAGAAUCGGGAUCAGCCACACCCGAGUCGUCCGAGGGCCGCCCAUCAGCCACAACCCCCACAGACGACACUUUGAGGAUGUACCAAGUGCCAUUUCAUGCCGGGAAACUCGCCGAGCCACGACUGGACCUUGUCAAAGCCUCCAGAUGGACGUCGGUCACAUCCUCAGACACUUUGGUGCGGGACCUGCUCGAGCUCUACUUUGUCCAUGAGUUCACCUCGUGCUGCGUGUUCCACAUGGACCAUUUUCUCAACGACAUGGUCUCGGGCCGCGAACGGUACUGCUCGUCGUUGCUCGUCAAUGCCAUCCUGGCUCUCGCUUGUCACGGACACAAAGGGCUGGAUAACAGAGCACAUUUCUGGAACCCAAAAAGUCUGUAUUACCAGUUCAUGGCCGAGUUCAAGAGGCUAUGGGAGCUGGAGUCGAGCGAGCACCGUAUCACGACCGUCCAAGCAGGCGUUAUAAUCUGUGUCUCACACAAUGUGGACGGCCUUGACAAGGUCGGCACAUCGUUUCUUGCCCAGGCGGUGACUAUGGGCCGUGAAAUGGGGAUUUUCAGCGCUGCAGGAUACGCGUCGCUGAACCCGAAGCGCAAGGCCGUCUAUACAGUAACGGCACAAGGCAUCUACGCCUGGGAAAGCAUCCAGAGUUUCUGCUUCUUACGCUGCCCUUUUGUCACGACGCGGCCCCUUCCCUUUCCGCCACUGGACGAGGUCCACUACUCUAAAUACGCCGGUGAGCUGUGGCUGCAGUUUCCCGGUGCGCAACACCCGGUGCCCUGCCACCAUGGGUUGUCCUUCCGGUAUAUUGUCGCCUUUCGGCAGAUAAUGUGCGACGUCGCAGAUCGGGUAUACGGACAAGGGAAAAGCCCGCGCCCUUUGUCCUUCCUCGAGAGCAUGGGCUACCGAAAGAGGUUACUCUAUUGGUUCGACCACCUCCCGCCUCCGCUUCGGCCGGACAGGGUCGUUACGCCAACGGACCUGAAACUGCAUCUGCACUACUACAACCUCAUGACUUUGCUGUUUGAGCCGUUCGUCGCCAUUCCGCUGGAGAGUCUUGGCGGGCACAUGGCAGGGGGCGAGGCCUCACCGGCGGCUGUCGUCUCCCAUUCCAACAUGUGUUAUGAAACCGUCUUUCGGUUCUUCUAUCUCCGGCACGGAUUCGACCUUUGGGACUCGUGCCUGAUACACUACUCGACAAUUGCUUCUUUCUCCGCUAUAUCACGUUUGCAGGCCAUGCAGCGGCCGGAACUCACCACAAAUCAGCGUCAAAGCGCUACUUUCCACGGAGUUGACCGCCGAUCACGCGACGAAGCGCUGUCGAGCCUCAUACUCUGUACGCAAGGACUGCGCGACCAUGCCCGAUAUAGCCUGCUGAGCGAAUUCAUCUUCAGGCUCCUUCGGGGCUCCUUGACGACAGGCGAGCUCAGUUUGCUCCGCGACCACGGCGUCGACUUGGAGCCACGCGAAGGCGAACGGAUGCUGGCCACCUACGUCAGAUCUCUCUACCCUGUGGGCAUGGUCGGCGUGGCCGACGACCCACAGGGAAAGAGAAUGGAUACGAUGAUUCAGUCUUAUAGACGUCUCGAGGUCUCUUCCCAGGACGACCCUCCGUCGCCGACAAGCCUCUCGAUCGGGAGACUGCAGCCCAACGAGGCAUCGGGCACGGGUUUAGCCGAGGACAGGGGCGGGCCGGAACCCCUGUCCUUUCAGGUGUGA